UGUCAAUAGUUCGUUCGGACGUUGAACUACGCGCCCCAUUUACUGUGACAAGUAAAUGAAAAUGUGAAAGUGAAUUGGUUUUAUAUUUUAAUUAUUUCGUUCGUGUUCCUUAGAUUGUGUCCUAUAAUUCGAGGAGGGUGAGGCCGAGAGAGGCCUUAUAGUGAUGUGAUGUAUGUGUUGUGACGGUGAAUUUUGGGUCUGAAAUCUUUUAGGGGAACCGUCGGUCAACAUGGCAUCGUCGGAUCCUAUAGAGGAGUUUAUGAAUGGGGCCCUGGUGACAUGGGUACGGACUUUCGAAAGCGACGGCGGAGGCGGCCUGACCUAUGCUGCCUUGGCGGAUGGCGUCUUUCUGUAUGACGUCAUGAACCACAUUGAUCCUCGCAGUGGUGGGCGCCCCGUGAAUCGCCACCCGACCGACGCCGCUUCUCGUCUCCUGAAUUUAGCCGCCCUGCUUCAUCACAUCAAGAGCUUUUAUCAGGUCAGUUCAUAGUGGUUCAUAUGUCG